GGAAACCGGAAGCGAUUUAUAUUGCCGCAGACUCAACCAGCCUGUGGCUGCGUUACUGUUGGCGGGAGCAGGGCGAAGUGUCAGGUCCUCGCUGCUCGGCCCGGGCCGGCGCUGGUCCAGCGAGCUGCGGGCAGCUCCCCGCCGCGGGCGGCAGGAUGCGGGUGGCUGUGGCCGGCUGCUGCCACGGCGAGCUAGACAGGAUCUAUGAGACGCUGGCGCUGGCCGAGCGGCGCGGCCCGGGGCCGAUAGACCUUUUGCUGUGCUGCGGCGACUUCCAGGCGGUGCGCAACGAGGCCGACCUGCGCUGCAUGGCCGUGCCGCCCAAGUACCGCCACAUGCAGACCUUCUACAGGUAUUAUUCCGGAGAGAAGAAGGCCCCAGUUCUCACAGUCUUCAUUGGGGGAAACCAUGAAGCGUCAAAUCAUUUGCAAGAGUUACCCUAUGGUGGCUGGGUGGCACCAAACAUUUAUUAUUUAGGUUUGGCAGGUGUAGUAAAAUACCGAGGCAUAAGGAUUGGUGGUAUCUCUGGUAUCUUUAAAUCUCACGACUAUCGAAAAGGUCAUUUUGAGUGCCCCCCUUAUGAUCCAGAUACAAUAAGGAGUAUCUAUCAUGUGAGAAAUAUUGAAGUUUAUAAAUUAAAACAGCUGAAGCAGCCUAUGGAUAUAUUUUUAUCUCAUGAUUGGCCAAGAAGUAUAUAUCAUUAUGGGAAUAAGAAGCAACUUCUUAAGAUGAAAUCUUUUUUUCGACAAGAAGUGGAAAAUAACACAUUAGGAAGUCCUGCUGCCUCAGAGCUUUUAGAACACUUAAAACCUACUUACUGGUUUUCCGCACACCUUCAUGUGAAGUUUGCAGCUUUAAUGCAGCAUCAGGCCAAGGAUAAAGGACAGACAGCCAAAGCAACCAAAUUCUUAGCCUUGGACAAAUGCUUACCACACAGAGACUUUCUUCAGGUAAUAGAAAUAGAACAUGACCCCAGAGCUCCUGAUUACUUGGAGUAUGAUAUUGAGUGGCUUACUAUUCUCAGGGCUACUAACAGUCUUGUUAAUGUGACAGGGCGCCUAUGGAAUAUGCCUGAAAAUAAUGGCCUGCAUGCAAGGUGGGAUUAUAGUGCAACUGAAGAAACAAUGAACGAAGUAUUGGAACAAUUAAAUCAUGACCUCAGAGUUCCAUGUAACUUUAGUAUAACAGCUGCUUGUUAUGACCCUGGCAAGCCACAAACACAAAUGCAGUUGGUUCAUAGGAUCAGUCCUCAGACUUCUGAAUUUUGUGCCCAGCUUGGCAUCACUGACCUUAAUGUCAGGCUUCAGAAGGCCAAGGAAGAACAACACUUGUGUGGCGACUCUGAGGAGCAGGAAGAUGUGGAGAGUAACGACUCUGUGGAAGACCCUAGUGAAUAUAACACAGACACAUCUGCCCUGUCCUCCGUUAAUCCAGAUGAAAUAAUGUUAGAUGAAGAAGAGGAAGGGGAAGAUAGCACUGUAAGUGCAUAUAGUGACGUGAAUACACCAUCGGUAGAACCUUCUUCUGAUCAAGCUUCUGACUUUUCUGCAAGUUUCUCUGAUGUCAGGAUCUUGCCCGGUUCCAUGAUUGUAUCUUCUGAUGAUACACCGGGUUCCCCAGCUGGCAAAGAGGGGAAACCUGGUGAGGCUGGGGAGUCGAGGGAUGGAAAGGACUUACCUGAGGUGCCGUUGAAGAGGUUGAGUGAUGAACAUGAACCACAGCAAAGAAAGAGAAUUAAGAGGAGGAAUCAAGCCAUCUAUGCUGCAGUGGAUGAUGGUGAUGCAGCAUAAGGCCAUUUACUCGUCUAAAUGUUUAAUGUAGAUACAUGAUUUUUGAGACCAUAUUUUUAGAGUUGGAUUUUUGACUCAAGAUUUAACUUUGUAAUAAUGAAAUUAUGUAAGAGAAUUUUAGCAAGAUAUCAACAUUGUCUUUAGGCCUUUGUAUGAUAAGUAUUAAAAUUUCAUAUGUUUACGGAUUGAGUGCCCUUAUUUUGGAAGACAUACAUUAUCCACUUUCAUUAUUUUCAGCACUUACUGAACACCUAAUUUGUACCAGGUACUCUUUUAUAAGAUGGCACUAUAAAGAUGAGUAAGACAGGGAUUUUUGCCUUCAAGGAGUCACUACCAUUAUAAAUACUUUGGUGUGUAAAAUAUGGCAUAUUUAUAUUUUGUUUUAUAAAGUUAAGUCAUUUUUGUCUACAUAACUAUGUAUGCUUCCUUUUCAUUUGUUAUAAAUAUUUUCCUUAGCUCUUAAUGUCUGUCUAUUGAAAUUGAAGGUGGUAGAUAAAAAUUUCAGGAAAUAAAUUACUUUGAAUACUAAACAUUGGUAAACAAAAAAUCUUAGACUUCAUUGCUGAAAUUAAUAUAACCCUGUUGACAUGUUAUAUUUCAGCUUUAGCUUUAAUUUUAAUGUAACUGUGCAGGUCAUUUCUGUCACAGUUCAGUUUAGAAUUAAUUACGCUCAGGGAUCAAGGUGCUCAAAUGCUGCCCUCAUGCUGCAUAAUGGAUUGCUAGCAUUAAAAUAGUUUUAAAGAUCCAUGUGGAAAAACUGCACCUCUGUCUCUGUUUAAAAUGCCUCGAACACCUGAGGAGAUGGUCACCCAACGCUUUGGAUCCGGAGUCAUGGAAUGCAGAGACUCUUCCAGGAUCUCAUCAUCCCACAGCAGCCAAAUUCAGGAGCCACGAUGCAGCAGUUGGCUUCCAUCUUGUCAGCAUUUGACUUGGAAAAGUCUAGGACUUCACUGCCUUCCGCUUGUUGUUUACUUUCUUUUUGUGUCGAAUGUUGAAUUCACUUAUUUUAAUUCUCUUUAUUCACAUAAAAUACUAAAAGCUACAGA